AUGGCUUCUAGUGGUAGAAGGGAGUAUAUCCCUUUAGAAGCCCUCAACACAAACGCGGAAGACAACCACGAAGAGGCCGAAGAGGAACAGCCUCAUCGCAAGCGAAGGAAUCUCUGGCAUAGAAUCGAUACCACCAGUGUUCUGACUGUAUUCCUCGGCUUCCCACUCCUCCUGCUCGCAGUGACACUCCUGGCCCUGUUCUGGCACGGAUCAAUGAAAGCUAUUGACGGGGCGGAGCCAGAGAUCUACUGGGUGCGGGUCGUCAAUGCAGGCUGGGCGACGCGACUGGUGACCGUAUGCACCGCCUCUAUCCGAACGGUGGUGGCUUUCCAAGCCGGACUUGUCACGGCCAUGGUCGCGGGGAUUGUUUUGGAGACCACGGGCGUCCCCCUCCUACUGGGUCCAUUUUACUCCAUGCUCCGGGCAGUCAAGGUGGCUCCUAGCAACCUUUGGACUGCGACCAACUUCCAGCCUCACCUGUCGCGCUUCAUUUAUGCGCUGGUGCUCAUCGAGGUCCUGGUGACAGCAGCGUCCCAGUUCCUGUCCACCAUCUUGCUGUCCGAUUUUGCCAAUGGGACUUUCACCCAGCGCAGCAAUUCGACCAAUGUCAAUGUCCUCAAUACCACGGAUAACGGCCUUGCCGGUGGAUGGUGGUAUAUGCCUCCUGCAGCCAGCUGGACAUUCGCUGAGCUGUCGGGAUCCUUUGAAGACCGAUCGGGAUUCCAUGAUACCGGGCAUACCUUUCGAGCUUUCCUUCCUUUCGAGGAGGAGGCGCAACGAACCAAACUACACCGGCUCCGUGGCCCAGUGCCUGUCAUGGAUCAUCGGGUUGUCUGCGCCAGUCCGCCCCUGAUCAACUUGAGCCUAGAUGCGACCUUGGAGAGUUAUGUGCACCUGUCCGGACAAAUUCCCACGGAGAAUUUGACCUAUCCACUUUUAAUCGACCCGGACUCUCAACCCUACAUCAACUUCACCUGCGAAUUACCCACCCCAAACUUCUGGGACAACAACACGGUGGGCGAGACCAGCUUGUGCAUCCCCAAAAGCCGCUUAAACUGGACAGUCCUCAUCGAAGACCCUUUGAUCCAGCCCGACGGCUUCCCAGAGGCCUCGACCCUAUUCAUCGUCCUCGACGUCGUUUCCACCGCCGCAAUAAUCGGCACAUUAGGCACCCCAGCCGUUCAGACGAUCCGAACCGAUGGCCCCUGGACGAUAGUCAAUAACGGAUCCGCCCACAUCGAAACCCUCCGUAUCUCUGCUUGCCUCACCAAUCUCGCCAUGCAAACGUUCACUGUCGGAAUGAACAGCACAUCUGACAACCUCGAGCCCAAGACUGCCUGGGACCAAUACACCCAAAGCUACAACACCGAACCCUCCCGCCUCCAACUAGGUGUAUCAUCCCCAGGCAACACGAGCUCCGCCAACCACCGGGGUAUCCUCACGCUGGACCCCCGAUCCCAAUGGGAAAUCUUCCAUCCCCCAGCGGAUACCUUAGGAGUCGACCCAACCCCCUUCUUCAAGGCCAUCCUAAUUUUCCCCACCUUCCUCAAUUCCUACCUCCUCAACUACACCUACGACCCCGGCGUGAUCCUCUCCCGCAAAGAUCCUGGCAUCAUCUUCGGCAACGCCCAUCCGAGCCAUGUGGAUCUGUUCCAGGACACCCUGAUUACGACGGCCAGUCCGGCGUUGGCCGUCCAGGCCCUGCUCACCCGCAUCUAUCAGAUGGCAUACUACGACCAAUUGGUCCAGUUGAAUAGUCCGGUCGCGGCCGUGACGAUGUUCUCGCUCACCGCGGCGAUUCCGGUGCAGUGGACUGGCUUUGUGCUGGGGACGGUGCUCAUUGUGAUUCAUUCGAUCACUGUGGUGGUGGUGCUCGUCCGGUUUGUGAGGUCGGCCGAGAUCUCGUUCAUUGGGAGUUACUGGCAGACGGUGGCGCAGGUGGUUUCGAAGGAGACGCGGCCGAUUCUGGAGGAGGCGGAUCGGAUGGAUGAUGGGGCGGUGAAGGGGUGGGCGAAGCGGGAGGAGGUAGUGGAAUCAUUAGGGGUUCGUCGGGUUUUGCGGAGGAGGCCUGGUGGGCGGGUUACUUUGGGGCUUGUGGAGAAUGGGGAGGAGAAUCUGAUAUAG